UAAUCCGGUUGGGCAGACGCUGUAGCCGAGGAAAAAAAAAGACGAAAGCGGCGGAAAAUAAAGUGGCGAGCGCGCGGGGCCUGAGUGAUCGCUGGAAGCCGGAGCCGCAGAUUCUUCUCAGCCGGGGGAGCCAGCCUGUCGAGUUCGGGGGAUUAGUUUCCGGCCAGUAAAGGGAGAGGCCCCGCCGGUGUUUCGGAGCCCAGGAGGAGCGGAGCGGCCCCCACCAGGCAAAGAUCUGCACUAAGCCGGGGGAGACCCGUCCCUCCGAAAAGCAGCCGGGAUCGAACUGAGCGAAGUGGGUCACCCGCCCCGACCGCCGGCCGGUCCCGUCCGUCAGAGGCCGCUGAAAACCAAGCGUGUGUAGGAAGGGGCUCCAUGAAUGGAAAUCGGAACCCCAGGAGCUGUUGGGGCUCAGCCCCUCUUCACGGUGCCAAGGCGUCCAGGAUGUGGCACCAUGGGAAAACCGAUUAAACUGCUGGCCAACUGCUUCCAAGUAGAUAUCCCAAAGAUUGACGUCUACCUCUAUGAGGUAGAUAUUAAACCAGAUAAAUGUCCUCGCAGGGUAAACAGGGAAGUGGUCGACUCUAUGGUUCAGCAUUUUAAAGUUCAGAUAUUUGGAGAAAGAAGACCUGUCUAUGAUGGGAAAAGGAGUCUCUACACUGCAGAUCCCAUUCCCGUCAGCACCACUGGAGUGGAUUUAGAGGUGACGUUACCAGGAGAAGGAAAGGACCGAAUUUUCAGGGUGUCAAUCAAAUUUGUUUCAAGAGUGAGCUGGCACUUGCUGCAUGAAGUUCUGACAGGUCGUAGCAUGCCAGAGCUGCUGCCCGGAUUGGACCUAGACAAACCACUCAGCACGAAUCCUGUACAUGCUGUCGAUGUUGUUCUCCGACACCUCCCUUCCAUGAAGUACACCCCUGUUGGCCGCUCUUUCUUCUCUGCACCUGAAGGAUAUGACCAUCCAUUGGGUGGAGGUAGAGAGGUCUGGUUUGGUUUCCAUCAGUCUGUCAGACCUGCCAUGUGGAAAAUGAUGCUGAACAUAGAUGUUUCUGCCACUGCUUUUUAUAAAGCACAGCCUGUAAUUCAGUUCAUGUGUGAAGUUCUAGACAUUCAUAACAUUGAUGAACAACCACGACCUUUGACUGAUUCCCACCGAGUCAAAUUCACCAAAGAGAUAAAAGACAAACUUCUCACAGGAUUGAAGGUUGAAGUAACUCACUGUGGACCUAUGAGGAGAAAGUACCGUGUGUGUAAUGUUACCAGGCGACCAGCCAGCCAUCAGACGUUCCCCUUGCAGCUGGAAAGUGGACAGACUGUAGAGUGCACAGUAGCGCAAUAUUUCAAACAGAAAUACAACCUUCAACUAAAGUACCCACACCUACCCUGCCUACAGGUGGGACAGGAACAGAAGCACACCUACCUGCCACUCGAGGUAUGUAACAUUGUCGCGGGGCAGCGCUGUAUCAAGAAACUGACAGACAAUCAGACAUCAACAAUGAUUAAAGCAACAGCACGGUCAGCACCUGACAGACAGGAGGAGAUCAGUAAACUAGUAAAAAGUGCAAACUACGAUGACGAUCCUUUUGUCCAGGAGUUUCAGUUCAAAGUGAGAGAUGAGAUGGCUCAUGUGACCGGACGAGUACUCCCAGCCCCCAUGCUGCAGUAUGGAGGGAGGGUGGAACCAAGUCAUUUCAGAUUACAAACUAAUCGAACAGUUGCUACUCCAAGUCAUGGUGUUUGGGAUAUGCGGGGGAAACAGUUUCACACCGGGGUUGAAAUCAAAAUGUGGGCGAUAGCAUGUUUUGCAGCACAGAGACAAUGUAGAGAAGAAGUACUUAAGGGUUUUACUGACCAGCUGCGGAAAAUAUCAAAAGACGCAGGGAUGCCUAUCCAAGGCCAGCCAUGUUUCUGUAAAUAUGCACAGGGAGCUGACAGUGUGGAGCCAAUGUUCAGACAUCUGAAGAACACCUAUUCAGGACUCCAGCUUGUCAUUGUCAUUCUACCUGGGAAAACGCCUGUCUAUGCCGAGGUGAAACGUGUGGGAGAUACACUUCUGGGAAUGGCUACUCAGUGUGUUCAAGUGAAGAAUGUUGUUAAAACGUCUCCACAGACAUUAUCAAACCUCUGCUUGAAGAUUAACGUGAAACUAGGCGGAAUCAACAACAUUCUGGUACCACAUCAACGACCAUCCGUGUUCCAGCAGCCUGUGAUUUUCCUGGGAGCUGAUGUCACACACCCACCAGCUGGAGAUGGCAAGAAACCCUCCAUUGCUGCUGUUGUAGGCAGUAUGGAUGCCCACCCUAGUCGUUACUGCGCCACUGUGCGUGUUCAGAGACCUCGACAGGAGAUCAUUCAAGACCUGGCUUCAAUGGUUCGAGAACUUCUCAUCCAGUUUUACAAAUCAACUCGUUUUAAACCCACACGAAUUAUAUUUUACCGUGAUGGUGUUUCUGAGGGGCAAUUCCGUCAGGUAUUGUACUGUGAGCUAUUGGCAAUUCGAGAAGCCUGUAUCAGCCUGGAAAAGGACUAUCAGCCUGGCAUCACGUAUAUAGUUGUGCAAAAACGUCACCAUACUCGACUGUUCUGUGCUGAUAAGAAUGAGAGGGUUGGGAGAAGUGGAAAUAUUCCAGCAGGAACAACCGUGGACACAGACAUCACCCACCCAUAUGAAUUCGAUUUUUAUCUCUGCAGCCACGCUGGGAUACAGGGUACGAGUCGUCCCUCACAUUAUCACGUUUUGUGGGAUGACAACUGCUUCUCUGCAGAUGAACUUCAGCUCCUUACCUAUCAGCUAUGUCACACUUAUGUGCGCUGCACACGCUCUGUUUCUAUCCCAGCACCAGCCUAUUAUGCACAUCUGGUGGCAUUUAGAGCAAGGUACCACCUGGUGGACAAAGAGCAUGACAGCGCUGAAGGCAGUCACAUUUCUGGACAGAGUAAUGGACGUGACCCACAGGCUCUUGCCAAGGCUGUGCAGAUCCACCAGGACACCUUACGCACAAUGUACUUCGCUUGAGUUUGGGAAUUUCUUUCCAGAAGGAACUGAAGAUUGCAGCCUACAUUUCCAGUGGGGUCAGUUUACGGGCAAAGUCUCCAGCCAUACUGUAACUUUCACUGUGCGGAGACAAUAGUUUCAUAAACUGACGGAAAGGGAUUGUUUACCUACGAAGAUCAUAGCACUAUUAUGCAAUAUGAAACCAGCCAACUGCUCUGUGUGUGUGCGUGUAUGUGUGUGCGCGUGUGCUCCGUCAGACCUCAUGUCUGUGUCUUUCCUUUUUUCCUUUUUCACUAUAGUUUCCUUUUUGCCUUUACCUCAGUGUUUGGCAGCACAAAACUCAUCUUUAUCAAGCAACAUGAAAACGGAACAAAGAAAAAUGUUCCACAAACCUUGGAUCUCAAAAGUAGUCACUAAUUAGAUCAGAAAUCCAGCCAUUCACUGAGUCCUCAACUUGGGAGGGUGGGGAGGUUGGUGUGGAAGAGGAAGACAUUUUGAAAAGUUAUCCUCUAAGGAGUUCCUACCAGUGCUUCUUGAGAUCCAAGAAGUCACACCUCCACUGUGCCACUGUUCAAAUUCCGUUUACUGGUAAUCAAUUAAGUCAACUGACUAUUGAGCAUAGCUACUAGUUAUGGCCAAGCUUCGUAACCAGAGCAGUGGAAUUUUAUACAUAGAAGAUAAAAUCCAGGACUUGGAUGAGCUUAAACAAUGAUGGUGUGAGAGUAACUUUUGAAAAUUCCAAGAUUUGGGGGCUCUGUUUAAUGUAGAAACUUUUUUGCUGUUUCUUUUAUUGUUUACUUGCUAGCUCACAACUAAAUGUGACUUCAUUUUUUUUGUUUUAGCAUCCUUAUAUUUAUUAGAAAAAAAUUAAUGCUUAAUUUAAUAUGAAUUUACAUUAAAAAAAAUAUAGUAGCAUCAAUUUUAUUUAGUUCUGGAAUGUAACCGUGUUGUAUACUGACAGAACAUUGCUACCGUUAGUGCAAUAAGCGGUUGGUAAGAAAGCCCGUGUCCUACGCUGUACUGGAGCAGCAGUUGUACCACUAUAACCGUGGGAGAGUGGACACCUCCGCACUUCAGAACCUUAUCAGUUUUAAUAAGAAAAAAAAAGUUGAAUGCAAAAAAAAAAGUAGGGCUGGGACGUUUUAAUGUUAGUUUAUUGGGACAUUAUUUAAUUUACACAUCUGAUCACUGAAAUGUGAAUUUUUUUCAAAUAUUUUUGUUUUAUUUCAGUCAUUCCAUUUUAAGAUACUAUACCAAUUUUUUUAUUUGGAGAUUUUUCAUAAAAGUUUGACUUGUUUCAUUGAUACAAAUCUCAUGACGUUGUUUGCACUUUGUAAAACCUCAUGAACUGCAUAUUUUAUCUAACGGUUGUCAUUGCACUGGCUCGAACCGCAAUAUACAAAAUGCUGCAGCCUUGAUGGAUGGGCAUUGCUUGUGUCCCAGCCCUACAAAACAGCCUCUCCUCCAUGUGAAAAAUUUGUACUUUUACAGAAUAAAAAGUAACUAGAACUUUAUGGAAACAAGGAAGAAACUGCAGAAUUUUCCUCCCCUUCCACAAAAAGCAGGUUCAUUGUCAUUUGAUUUUAAAGCAAACUAAAAUAUUUUUCAAUUUAUUCCACCCUUACCUCAAAUAUGAUAAGGGCUAAUACUCUCAGUCUGACAUGCAAGCUUUCAAUGGAUACUCCAGUUUUAAAAAGGAAUGUAGUUUUUAUUUUGUCAAAACUGAUUCUUCAGGCAUGCUCACAGUAAGGAAAUAUGAAAAGCCUAUCAGGUUUGUCUUCAUUCCUUCCACCCCUCCAUUGUGAUGAACUACAAUCAGAUUAAACCAAACUGAAUUGAUAGAAAACUCUUACAGUUUUAUUAAUUUGGAACAGCAAAUUAAAAUUAACAGGACUCUUUUUUUAAAUCGAUCUUCCAUUCUGGACUUUACAGGAGGGCUGCAUGGUACACAGGAAAAAGCACAAAUAACAAAAAUAAAGUUUUGAUUAGCUGUUUCCUGUGGAAUAAAAAGUGCUUUGCAUGAGGAGAAGCUUUAAAUUGAUCCAUCUUUGAAUUUUUUUAAAGUCUAGAUUUCAAUGGUGCUGAUUUCACCACCAAUCUCAGUGUAUACAGGUGUAGUACUAUACAAAGUUAAAGGAAUCUGUAUUUCCUUUAUAUUGUCUUUCAUGUGCAGAUUGGUUACAGCUCUCGAUGUACAUAGUUGUCUGGAAGAUCUUAAAAAUAUCUCACGGGGUUUCACUUUUACUGUUCCUUUUAUAAAUAGAUGCUAUUGGUUCUUUUUUGUGAGCUCCACAAAUAUGUGGUCAUGGCAUGUUGCUCAAAUAAUUUUGUUUUGUGAACGAGCAGCCAUAUCUACUUGGUUUCUAUAGAUCAUGUCAAGGAUUGAUUUUAGUCAAGGGGGUACCCAAUUCAGGGGAAUCUUUUUGGAAACAUCUUCUGCAGAAGUCUGCUUUUGAGGACAUUUUUUUCUUUGGAACACAUUUGUUGGUGUUAAUAUUCUAUAUGAAUGUGAUUCUCUUCAUGAAACAAUGGUGGGGUGGGUGGCAGGGCAUUGUUCUGGCUAGGACUAUUAAAAUCAUUGCCCUCACAUGUCCUCCAGAUGCUACAUUGAAUACACUGGUAACUGAAGAAUUAAAGUUGUAUACAUGAUAAUUUCACUCUUGCAAUGUAUAUAGAUCCUGUCAACAUUCUGCUAUGGAUUGCACUUCACUUUCAAAUCCCUCACUAAAUAGCUGAGAAACCACAAAAGCCAUCAGAUGGUUCUAAGUCAAUAGGUGCAGGUGUAUCACUAUAUUCACUGGAGACAGAUAAUAUUUUAUAAAAUAUUUCAGUACAUUGUCCCUGAAAAAUUGUUCAGGUGGACAAAACAAUCAUGUGCUGGAACAUCAAGGAAAAAACAGAAAGAAACCACCCAAUGUAGGCUUGUUGUGUGAACUCUAUAUUGAUCUCUGCAGGGAGGGGUCAGCAGCUAGUUGGAUGGUCAAGUAAAUAAUUCAUCACAAAGGGAACAUAAAAUUUAAAAUGUGAACUAUUUUGGCGAAUUGUGUCCACUUGUUCCAACGGUGAUUAAAUUGCACUGAUAUGUACUCUAUCCAACUUCUCUUGAAAUAAAUCAACAAUCACAAGAACUAACAGAGCAUGUUCCACGAUCUGGAGCUUCAGUUAGAAGUAAACUCCUGUAUCAGCAAAUAAUUUAUCAAACUGUGCCAAAGCACUCCAAAUGAGAUGACAUCUCACUAUUUUAAUCCCACCAUUCUUAGUCUGGUAUAGGAGGUUGCUACAACCCUUCUGCUUUCGUUUACCACUCCGGCCAAGUCAAAUGGUUAAAAAAAUAAAUUGUUUGUUCUGAUUCUCACUUCUAGCGAAGACAGACUUCAUUUUGAAGUCUACAGAAUCUGACCGCAAAGAAUAUUUUGCUGUCCCCUACCCAGCAACGUAUUUUUCAUUUUGAAUGCAACUAACUCCCCACUGCUUGAUUGUAAAGGAGCAGUGCCCAUACCUAGGAUUGUCUGAAUAUGUAUCAUCACAAUCUAUUCUUUUUCCCCCACCACCAAGAUACAUAAUUAUAAUUGUAUAUAAUUUGAAAUGAUUCACCUUUUUUAAAUUCCGACCUGACUAGCUCAGCAAUUCUAAGAUUUAAUAACACUUACUAUGGCUAAUCUUAUCUAUUUGGUGGACUCGUGCGACAUAUUUUAAAUCAACUUAUCAGUUCCCUUUAAGCUAUAUUUGAGGGGGAGGAGAGUUCUGCAGUCAAACCACACCAAGACUUUAAUACUUGGUGCCUUUGUCAUGUUCCAUUUGGUUUCUAUAGAUGAUCUAAUAUAAUUGAGCCAAUGCCAAGUCUGGAUCACAAUUCAAAUCACCACUGUUUACUUCAGACAAUGUACAAUAAUGGUGUACAUGUAAUGCUGCUCUUGCAACUUUACAAACUGAUAGCAUUUAAGCAGAAUGCUUCCUUUUACUGCAUAUUUAUCAGUCAGACAGAUGUUUCCGUAACAUCAAUCUGUAAAAUAGAGGUUUUCUGUGAGGAGGGGCAUGUGUCCCUGUACCAUACCCAUCAACUCAGUUUGUGAAUGCCUGCAUAAAGUGCCGACAGCAUUUGCAGACUAACGUCGUUAUGUACCAGUGUUGGGAGGGCAGUGAGACCGAUAGCUGCUAUUUGUUAAUCAGUGUCAGACAAUAACUGCACUAGGAAUUGAAGAGAUGCUCACGAUUCCUAUUUACAAGAGUGAAGGGAAGAAUGUAGUGAUUGACCAGUAUAAAAAAAUUGAAUCAGGCCAGCUUUUUCCAAGCCCCUUGUAAUUUUUUUCAUAAUAUUACCUACUGAUUUAAGUUUUAGUGCUGGUGUAUUGUUAACCUGUACUGGGAGCCACCACAAAAACAAAAGAAUUAAUGCACAUGAAAACCUGAUUGACUGCCUGUAUCAAUACCACCACGUUAAAAUUGUAUCAAUCAGGUACAGGUUCUGGAAAGUUAGCAAUACAUGCUGUAUCUAUCCUGGUACCCCUUAGUACUUAUUAGUACUUAGUACUACUUUAUAGUCAUAUAGGGGCUUUAACUAGCGUAGCAUCUGUCUUAGUGUACUGGAAUGAUCUCUCAAUACAAACCUGGUACCACUUGAUGCAAUAUCUACCACUACAUAUGUAAUAAGUGCUGGAACUGAUUAUACUGAAUACCUGUGCUGUACAGGCCUAGUAUCUGUACCUGUAAUGUUUUGGUAUGGGCACAGACUGAGGGUGCAGAUCUGGUAUUUGUACUGGUCUAUUGCUAUAGGAAAGGGGUGGCUUCAGCAUUUAUGCUGAUCCAUUUUAAUUAUUUUUUUGAAGAUCAGUCCUUAGAAAGUGCCUUUACAGAAGCUGGUGCUGUAGAAUUUUUUUUUUGUUCAUUAUGUGGCUGAAACAGUUUUAUAUAAUGCCAAGAAUAUGACAGUAUCCUGUAGCUGAUGUAUUUAAUGGCAGUUUCUUCUAAGUCAGGACCAAGAUGGGGACUAUAAUAUGAAAAGCUUUGAAGAACACUCUCAAUACACAACCUAACCAGAAAAGACACAGAAUAAGAGCUAUGAUUGUUGUGAAUUGACUACAUUUCUUUAAACUCUGUCUCCAAGAUUGAGAAUAUUUCCUAUUUUGUAAAUGUUUAUACAUCAAUGUUGUGUUCUACCCCUUCCCCUCCAAACUUCAUGUCUAGAGGGAGGGAUAAGUUAUACAGGCCUAAUGUGUUAUGAUGUGUAACUGAUAUGAUGCAGAGUGCAUGCGGUAUAUUAUAAUGGCAAUUUGUCUGUAACUUUAACAAAAGCUUUGUUUUAUAGGUGGCCUAUUGCACUCUGCCCCUAUUAUUAGGCCUAUAUCAUCUUAUCUCUUAAAGUUAGAGAUGGUAAUAUUUUCAGUAAACAAAUGAAGCUCUGGGAGGCUAAUUCCAGUUUCUGAAAUGGUGGACGUGUAUUUACAUGUAACUGUAUACAUACAUUUUGACUCUCCUCACAUUCUAUAUCUCUGCUGAUGGAUUCAUAAAAUAGUUUUUUAUUUAAAAACAAAAAAAUGUUUAUUAUUUGAUAUAAUAACAUGAAGGAACCCUGUUAACAAACUUGCUAAGUGUGCCUACUGGUAGAACCAGAAUUUCAGGAAUCCAAUACUUGCUCACUGAGGACUACAUAUUUGUUCUUCUGCACUCUACUUAAUUCUAAUUGAAAGGAACAAACCUGGAUGAGCCAGUAAAUUGGAAGAUUUACUUGUUUUUGAAUAGUACAUUCAAAGGCUUCCAUCUUAAAGAAAUUGACUGCAUUUGUUUCUAACACUGAUGACAUACCUGUAGGAGAAAUGCUGUCAUCUGAAGAUGGUCUUGCUUAUAUCAAUAUCUCUUGCGUUCCUCCAGUAAUACAGUGAGCAGCUGAGCCAUCCAGAGCAAACCUGCUUUGCCUGUCUGUUGAAUGGAAUCAGCUGGGAUAUAAUGGGGAUACUACAUUUGGCCUCAGUAUAUGUGGAUUAAAGAAGGGAAAAUCAGGCAGGGUUACUUUUUCUGAUCAAUGUCCUCUGCUGUUAGUGCAAAUGUGUGAAUGUCAGAAGAGGACAGGGUCUGGCUCUGCUGUAAUAUUCCCAAUGAAUGAACAGUUUGCCAGCAUCCUGUCUCCAGGUCCACACACCCAUUUGAGCAAGGUACAAUAAGUUGAUGCUUUUACAGAGAGGGGUAGAAAAUUGAUGAGAAAAAGAUUAUUUGCAAUACCUAUUUUAAUGUUUUCUACAAUUUGUUCCAAUUGGAUUGAAUUGUGUGUUAAUGAGUCCCUAUAAAGUAAACUGGCAGUUUUUUUCUUCAUUCCAGGGAAACAGAAGUAGUAAUUGGGUAACUUUCUAUCCCCCACUUGUUUCCAAAUAGUUAAUAAGAUGUGAUUAUGAUUAACAAAGCUUUAAACACAACAUUUCAAACUGCUUUCUUACUCUGCCUGGGUACCUUUUCCACUCUGUUUUGGUAUGUCCUUGGAAUUGCGCUUAAAAAGUAUUUUUUGAAAUGAUAUUUUCUAUUAGCAAAUAGAAUCUAUUAGAUUUUUGAUGGUUUGAUCAUAUUUUGGCUGGAUUGACCCAUUUUUUUAAAAAACUAUUCUAAAGUUAGUGAAAGAAUCUUAACAAAAGCAAAGAAUCGACUAUACCAAGUUAGAGUGCAAUACGCUAGUAUCAUAGAAUCGUAUAGCACAGAAGGAGGCUAUUUGCCCCAUUAUGCCUGUGUUGGCUCUUUAAAAGAGUUGUCCAAUUUAUUUAACGACUCAUCUUUUACCCCAUAAUCCUGCAAACUAGUCCUUUUCAAAUAUGUCUCCAGUUGCCUUUUGCAAGUUCUUAUGGAAUCUACUUCCACUACCCUUUCAGAUAAUGUAUAUUUCUCUGUUUUGGGGGGGGAGGUGGAAUAAUUCUUAUUUCAAAUUCUCUUGUCCAUUGCUUUAAACUUAUGACCUCUGGUUAUCGAACCACAAGAAACAAACCUUCAUGAUUUUGAACACACUAUUUAAUAGAAAAUCGGAAGAUUUAUGGCACACGAGGGCCAUGAGGUCAAUUGAGUCCAUGGCGGAUGAAAAAGGCCUAUCCAGUCUAAUCCCACCUUCCAGCUUUGGUCCACAGCCUUUAUGUUAUGGCACCUCAAGUGCAUAUCCAAAUGUUUCUUAAAUUUCUCUCUCUUAUCACCCUUUUAGGCAGUGAAUUUCAGACAGAUCCCCCCACCACACUUUGAGUGAAAAAGUGACUCCUCAGCUCCCCUCUACUUCUACCAAUUACUUUAAAUCUGUGCCCUCCAAGUUAUUUACACCUCUGUUAACAGAAGUAGGUCCUUCCAGUCCACCUCAUCAUUUUAUACAUAAAUCUCCCCUUAAGCUUUGCUCUAAGGAGAACAAUCUCCAAUUGCUUCUCCAAUCUCUCAAUGUAACUGAAUUCCCUUAUCCUGGUAUCUAGAAAAUAGAAGCAGGAGUAGGUCAUUCAGCCCUUCGACCCUGCUCCACCAUUCAAUAUGAUCAUGGCUGAUCCUCUAUCUCAAUGCCAUACUUCCACUCUCUCCCCAUACCCCUUGGCACCUUUUCUGGUGAAUUUAAACUUGGUAAACCUAAUCUGUAUCCUCACCAAUGCCUUGACAUCCAUCCUGAACUGUUGAUUAUUAAAGAUAGUGAAGAGAGGUUGGACAGGAUAGUCAAAUAAUUGUUAAAGUACUUAUUCCCAUCCGCAUUCUUAUUAGCUUAUAAUUUUAAGCAGCUUAAAAUUGGGCCAGCUUCUUAUUUAAUUAGUAGAGGAGGAGGAGAUGUUGAAUUUGUGAAAAUAUAAAUUAUGGCAUUGGUGGAAAAAUGAAAUGUGGAAUAGUAAAUCAAAUGGAACCAGUUAAGAGAAUGUGUUCAUUGUACGUUGCUUGUACUAAAUAGAGUAAAAUGUUUUGUUAAAUGAGAAUUUUAUGAAGAGGGAUUUAUUUGAUGUUUUUAAAAUCUUAUCAUAAAUACUGUUCACAACCCUCUGGUGGUUUGAGUUCCAGUGUUAUUUGAAACUUAAAUUCACCAGCUUCACUUGCAUUCAAUUUAUAUUAAAGAAGAAUCAUAUCCUGGGGAUGAAGAGAAAGAAAAGAAAAACUGUCUCAUCUCUCAGCAAACAUACCUCCUGUUAGCCUAACACAGAGCACCAUUUGUGUCAAGCUCAAGGAGAACGCUUGCACAGUUUCCUUCCGAGAUGAGAAGACUAUAUGAAGAAUGAAAACUAGUAGUGGUUGGUGGUUGUGUAUGGUGAGCGUUCUGUUUUAAGGAAGCUUAGGAUUUUAAAAAAACACUGCACCUCAGUAACCUUCAUAUGCUGCAUAAAGAAAAUAUUGCUUUUGGUUACAUUAUAUCUGCUGCACAUGCUUGACAGUACACUUUAAAAUGUUCAAAAAUUGUCUUAAUAGCAGUUAUCAAAUUGGAUUUUUAAUGGAUAAAAUGAGCCUUUAUUUUGUGGUUAUUUCUGAAAGUUAACUCUUAUUUAUUACUAAUAUUUAGCAUACCGCUGUGUAAAAUAUGCAUUAGUGUUGCAAUUAUACAUUUAGAGGGAGGGUCACUGCUAUCGCUUAUUGCCUUUUUCUUCAGAGGAGAUGAGUGUGAAUUUGAAACUAUAAAUGUUUUGGAUGUUGUAUCUGUUACUGUGCUGUCGAGGUUGCUUAGAAUAGAUCACUGGCCUUCAUUAAAGGGUUACAAGAACUUCACAAGCAAAUCUUGCAAAAAAUGAAAUCUUAAUUUAAAAAUGUAAAACAUUGGUUCAUCAGUGCAUCAGUAGAUAAAUACAUAUGCUUUUAUCAAUGAAUUCCAUUAAGUGUGAUUGUGGCAUUAGUAUGUCUAAGGGAUAAUGAAGAUUUUGCAGCACAAUAUACUAGUUUUUAACUGAAAGCCAGCAGUGAUGCAGUCUGUGCAGGCAGUCAUAGAACUCAUUGCAGGAUAUAUUGUGUAUUCUAAGUCACCAUAAUGAAGGCCACUGAUUUUUUUUUAAUAUUAAAUCCAUUAUACGAUUUAUUUCCUUUUUAUUAAACACUCUCCCACACAAAUGGCCAAAUGUCAAUCCAUAAAUUUCCAAAGUGACCUCAGAUGAGCUUCAUGCCGUGUAACAUUCUUUCUAAUUUUUUUUAUAACUAAACAGAAAGUUGACCUUUGGACCUGUCCCAAGUUCAACUUUGGUACAAGUUACUAAAACUUGGAAUCUAUCUUUUCCUUUACCCGAUAUUGGCAGCAAUAUGGUAGGUCAGCAGUGAGGCUAUGUUAUAUCCUGGGAAUUGAGAAAGCCAUACUGAGCUAUGUGGGAGAGGUCAAAUGACAGUAUUCAUUUCUCUUCCUUUAUAUGUCAAAGAAGUGGUAAUUUAAUCCAUUGGAUAACUUAUUCCACUGCCAUCAAAUAUCAUUUUCCUUAUGAUGUCAUAUUUAACUCUCUGGCAACGUAACAGUUUUUCAUGUGAAAGCACGAAAUUCCCACUUUUAUGGCUCCUUGCACCAUACACCAUUCCCUAGCCAAAAAAAAAAAAUGACCAGCAGAGCUUUUUCUAGAUCUCUGGUCAAUCUUGAUCCAGAUAGAUGGAGAGCAGCUCUGGUGGGUGACUUGCCAGCUGAAUUUUCCCUCCCUCUGGAAAAGUGCCUGACCUUGACUGAAUGCUUCCCUGACUGCAUGGCUGAGUUUGAGAAUUUACCAUGUGGGGAAUGGCAAGCCAUUUAUGUUUUACCAGUCCAUAGCACGGUGUGUUGCAGUAUCAAUGCGCUUCUGUGCCAUGCCAUUGACGUUGUAAUAAAUCUUAACUGCAUUGGUGCAGGUUUCCACAUAAUAAAAAGAAACUUUUUAAUAAACAUAAUACUGGUUUAUGUCUACAUUUCUGCCUGUGGUUUAAACAGAAGCAGUGACAGAGCUGCAUCAGUUACAUCAUAGGUCACUGGGACCCAACACGCACACACACACACACACAAAAUAAUCUGGCUGCUAAUGUCACCUGAAACAGCUCUGUAGGGAAGAGAGGGUAUGACGAUCAUCCCAUAGAUUACCUAAGUGAAACUGAUGAAUUUGGGAUCUUUCUUAUUUGCGGAAUAAACAGCAUUCCUUCUGUUUCCUGUUGUGUAUCUUUUACAUACCAAUCCAGUUUUCAUAUGAAGCUGGGAAAUAUCUGACUCGUUCAGUGCUGAUUUACCAGGAGGUAAUUUCUGUAUUAACCCUCUUGAGUACCGAAUUGUGAUUUGUUUUGUUUUUGUUUGCAAUUGCUCACUUUUUUUUAUCCAUAAUGUUCAGUGUGGUAUCAUAGUACCCAGUACCCCUGGGGUUCCACUGCGAUGUUACUGAAUCAUCCCAUGUAAUUACAUUGCUGAAGCUGUGGCUGCAUUUUUGUGGCUGGUGAACUUCAUUAGAUUGUCAAACUCCAGAUAAUUGAGUAUUUCAUAGUUUUCACCCAGGCAGACAAUGAUCAACGAUUCAGUUUAAAAAUUCAUCAACCCAACUGUGCUUUAUAGCUUUCUAAGUAUGCAUCAAUAUAUAAUGCCUUCAAACUAGCUUUUGAUGUCUGACAAGUGAUGCACAUUAUGGUUGAGAAAUACACAGAGCCUCAGAACAUUUAUUAAAUUCAAAGUAUUCUCUGAAUAAGAUAGAUUGCAGUCAUAAUAUUGGUGCAUAAUUGUUACUGUAGUCCUCAAGAGGGUUAAUAUUUGCGCAACAUGUUUUUGUAAAUGUGUUCAUAAUUUGUAAGAAUUUCUAACUCGGUCCAUUCUUGUAACAAAAAGAAUAGUGAACUUGAUUUUUGUUAAAAUACAAAUGUAUUUGCAGUUGACUUGUUGGAUUUUGUUGUCCGUGGACAGUCUGAUCCAAAGUUUUGUGUAACUGGGCAGAUGGUUUGCCAUACAAAUCCUAGCAAUCAAUUUCAGCACUGAGGAAUUUUCAAAAUACCUUUUUUCCCAUAUACAAUUAGGGAAUUGAAUUUUCUUGUUUUUCACAUGAAGUAUUCAAAUAAAAUUCCCCAAAAUUAUAAUUUUAUAUAGUAACAUGCAAAUCAGUUGGUCAUGUAAUUCUGUACAGAGGUUUUGCUGUACAUUUUUAACAUUGUAUGACUGCUGAGUAAAACUUCUCUGAAAGUAUUUUGGGACUAUGUUGGCCUUAUGAAAUGAGAAGAAAGUGUCCUUCCUCAGCUGAUAAAUUACUGUGAUCCAGUAAUAUUAUUGGACAAUAAGUUUCAAAGUGUUCACAAUGAUACCUCUGUGCGUUGUCUGGCCAUGUGUUACAAGUGUUUUUCUUUAAAAAAAACCUAAAUUUUAAAAUUGGAUAAAGACAUAGCCAUUGUGCAAUUCUAAAUUCAAAGUAUUCUUGGAGUAAUCCCCAAAAUAGAGAUUUUGAUUUUGUCAUAAUUUUGAAUUUUGCUGCAAGUCGUCUUUUGUUACUAAAAAUGUUUACGAUUUCUUCAAUUCUUUCCCCUCCCAACUGCUUGUGCUCACAAGCCAGUAAAAAGGUAUUCAGAAUCAUUUCCCAACAAACAGUUUUACGUUAACAUUACAUCAUCCUGGCAACGUCUUGUGGUUUGUCCCACACUGUCAGCCAGUGGUAUGUUUCCAGUCUUAAUACAUAUUAAAAUCUAAUCCACAGUUUCUCAAAAAAUACUCCGUAACAAAAUCCUAUAGAUUCUUCGACUAAAAUCUAUUGUAAUUUUUUAUGUAACCUUUUUGUUCAGUGUUACUGUCCACUUCAAUAAAAGUUUAUUUCAAUUA